AUGGCCCCUAAAAUCUCCGCACAUCUGUUGAUCGGCGUCACAAUCGCCUCACUGGCCUCGCUCAACUUCGGCCUCUCAAGCGUUAGCUUCAAUAUCUCAAAAGAGUUCGCAAUUGUCGAUUUGGAAUGGUGUUUGAACGAAUCCAGCAUCUACGACUGUGAUAAAUCGCAACUGUAUGCCGGAUUAGCAAAUGGAUCCACUUUCAUAGGUGCAGCAUUAGGUUCAUUGAUGAUCGGUUUCGCCGGUAAGAUAGGAAGAAGAAGAUCACUAAUGAUCAUUAAUUGGCUAUUCGGCUUGGGCUCCUUGAUAGCUAUGGGAGCAGUCAAUUUCGGAAUGCUGUUCAUAGGACGUUUGAUCUCAGGAAUGGGUAUUGGACUUUCAGCAUUGGCACCAGUGUUUAUGGUAGAAAUCUGUAACCCAGACUCAAGAGGAAAAUUCGCAGUCAUCUACCCACUCUUCAUCACAUUUGGACAACUCUUGUCAACAGGAUGGCAACUACUGCAUUUCAGAAUCGUAACAAAUACUGGACCAGACGGAGGAGUUUUCAAGUUAGAUGAUAUGGAUAGAUUCAUCUGGCGUUCAGCACAAGGUCUGCCAAUAAUCUUCUCAGCAAUUGGACUAGUCCUGAUCCACAUGGCCUUCAAGUUCGAUACACCAUACGAAUUAAUUGCAGCCGGAAAAACAUCGGAAGCACGAGAAGUUAUUGAAAAACUACAUGACAUCACAUUAGUGGAUAAAAUCUAUAACGAGUUCGACAAGGAUCAGGAAAUUGCAAAGACGACACCGAACAUCCCAUUUUUCAAGGCAAUCAAGACCCCGAAGUACAGGAAACAAAUUAUCCACUCGUUCGUGCUUGCAGCACUCCAGCAAUUAACAGGUAUCACCAUCCUAACCUCAAACGUGGCCGAAUUGUUCGCACAAUUCAUGGGAAGAACAUACAAAUCAACAGUUUUGUGCUCACUCAUCAAUAUCAUCAACUUCAUCUGUACCAUAGUUUUGUCAGUCAUCAUCAAUAAAUAUGGAAGGAAAACACUCCUUGCAUACGGUAUGUCAAUAUCAACAGCCUUCUGCGCCAUAGCAGCAUUUAGUAAACCAGUUGGAAAAGAAGCCGCUUGGGUCGGAAUCUCUACAGCAGUUGGCUCUUUCGGGUUUGUCCUAGGUUUCGCACUCUCCAUGGGUGGUGUCACCUGGGUAUAUCUUUCAGAGGUCUAUGCAAGUGAAAUCAAAAACGGAGCAUACAGUAUUGCAGUUUUCAUCAACUGGUUAUGUGCCUCCGUCUCACUCAUCGUCUCUGAAUUCCUCAUUUCAUACUCUGAAGUACUAGUCAACACCAUCCUCUUCGGAUUCUGUGUCUUCAACCUUAUCUACGUCGUUGUCUUUAUUAGGGAGACUAAAGGCCUCCCACUCGGAAAAGCUUACGAUUAA